AUGUCGGAUUCUCAUCAAUAUGGCAUCCAAACUGACUCCAUGACACUUCAACGAUUCGUCCUCGCUGAGCAAAAGAAUCAUCCAACUGCUACCGGUGAUUUUACAAAUCUGCUCACAUCACUUCUCGUGGCAGUGAAGGCCAUAUCAAGUGCAACACAGAAGGCCGGUUUAGCUCAAUUGUGA